AUGGCUACAACAGACGCUGCACCGGCCACCAACGGUGCAAGCAGCCCUGAACAGGCUCCGGCUGCGGCCGUUCAGGUGCCCAACAGCCCCUCGAGCGCCUUCGCCGCACUCUCCCUCGACGAUGCUGCGCCCUCCAGCUCCUCGACACAAUUCACGCCCGCACAUCGCGCCGAGAUCGACGCAGCCACCAAGCUCGUUGCUGCCCUCGAUGCGGCGCGCAAGCAGCCCAAGCCGCUGAUCAGAUCUACAGGACAUCGAGUCGACAUACCCGCAGGUUCGACCUCGAACACCGGCGCGGACCACCACCAUCUGCUCUCAUGGAAGGUCGCCGAGUUUGCCUACCGCAAGGCGACGGGCGUCGGGUCGGAGCUGCCCACGCUCGCAAGAGGCCUCUUUACAGAACGCGUCGACACGGGCUCAGAUACUGCAGAGAAGCAUCGCAUUGUGGUGCGCGGAUACGACAAGUUCUUCAACCUCGGCGAGAUGCCGUGGACCAAGCCGCCGUCGAUCGAGCGCUUCACAACUGCCCCCUACGUGCUCACGUUCAAGGAGAACGGAUGCAUCAUCUUUGUCGCUGCGCUCUCCCCCAGUCAGAUCGUAGUUACCUCCAAGCACUCGCUCGGUGGCCUUGCAGGCGCCGAGGUGACGCAUGCGCAGAAAGGGCGCGAGUGGCUGCUCAAGCACCUCGCCUCCGUCGGCCGCACCGAGUCGCAGCUCGCGGCAGAGCUGUGGCGCCGCAACGAAACCGCCGCCUUUGAGCUGUGCGACGACGACUUCGAGGAGCACGUGCUCGCAUACGACCGUGCGCGCUCCGGCCUCCAUCUGCACGGCCUCAAUGCCAACGCCGUCAGGUUUGCCACGCGGCCCAUGCCGGACGUCGACGCAUUCGCAGAGGCGUGGGGCUUCAUCCGCACACGAUGGAUCGAGCUGCCGUCGCUGCAAGAGGUCCAGCGCGUCACCGCCGAGAUCGAACAGACGGGUGCAUGGGAGGGAGAACCCAUCGAGGGCUUUGUCAUCCGCACCCACAUGCCCGCCACCCACCAGCUCGAGACCAUCAAGGCCGACCCAGAGAACAAAGCCGUGAGCCCGCCGUACGCACCAGGGCAGGCGUGGUUCUACAAGGUCAAGUUCGACGAACCUUACCUCAUGUACCGCGACUGGCGCGAGCUGGCGCGUAAGAUGCUCAAGGAGAAGGAAGAGUGGCAGGCCAAGGUCACCGCCACUCAACAGCCGGCCAGCGACUCCACACCAUCUGCCGAGCCUGACAAGGUGAAAGAUCCCGAAACCAAGGCGGAAGAGCCAGCGGAGCAGGCGAGUAAGGAAGAGGGCGAGGGACCGUCCAAAGCCGCGCUGAAACGCGAGAAGAAGCGUCUGGCCAAGCAGGACGCCAAAGAAGCCGCCACGGCACGAGCAGCCGCGCAGGCAGCCGGCAUCCUGCCGCCGUCGCCACCACAGCCGCGUGCGCGCCGUCCCGAAACGCUCGCGUUCAUCGAGUGGUGCUACGACCGGCUGUAUGGCAACGCGUCCAAGUCGAUCGCGGCGCAACCUUCGUUGUUCGCCGGGCUGACGCAGAACAAGGGCAUCAUUGCCAUGCGCAACGCGUUCCUCGCGCACCUUGCCAGCGCCGCCCCUGUCCCCGCCGUUGCGCCGGUGGAGAAGCAGCCGGACACGCGCGCGUUUAGCAAGACCGUGCUGGCGCCCGUCGCGGUGCCUGGGUGCGGCAAGACGGUGCUGGCCGUGGCGCUGCACGAGCUGUACGGCGUGUCGCAUGUGCAGUCGGACGAGUUUAAAGCGAAAAAGGGAUUCCUCGGCGCGGUGGAGCGCGACAUCCGCGCGCAUGCGGGCGAGCAGCACGUCGUGUUUGCCGACAAGAACAACCAUCUCCAGCAGCAUCGCGACGACAUGAUCGAGCUCGCCCACCAACUCUCCACCCCACCAGCAGUGCCGCAGGCGAAGAAGGGCAAGGUCAAGGUGGAUGUGGGCAGGGUGAGGACGGUUGCGUUGGUGUGGGAUUUGGAUUCCGUGCCGCUGAAUACGCUACACCGGCUGUGUGCGGCGCGCAUCGAGGCGAGGGGAGACAACCACCAGACGCUUGUGGCGGAUACGGCCGAGGGGGCGGUGGCGGGCAUGCGGUCGCACGAACAGAUCCUCUGGCGCUUCCUCGAGGCGCUCGAACCGUUCCACAGCGCACACGGCAAAGGCGAAGGCUCACAGGGUUAUGGCGAUGCCAGCUUUGACCACGUCGUACAGCUCUCCGUGCGCGCAUCCGCCAAGGACAAUUUGAUGGCCAUCAUCAAGGCCAUGGCACCCGUGUUGGGAUGGAGCGUGCCUAGCGAUGCGCGCGUGGAGGCUGCGCUGGCCAAGGCGGUGGACUGGAAGGUGACGAAAAAGUCGCGCGCCGACAAGAAGGACGAGGCGGGCGUGAGGUACUUUGGCCUGGCGGUCGAGCUGGAUGUGCGGGCUACGCUCGACUCGCUCUUCGCGGGGAGGCAGGAUGAAGCGGCGCAGUUUUAUGCAAGUGUAAGGGGUGCGGGGAGGGUGAAUGCAAGGCCGCAUGUGACGUUGGUGCAUGGAACCAACCGCGCGGCGGAGGGGGAGGACAAGAACGCAAGCGAUGCAAAGUGGGACUUUUACACGCGGCUGCUCUCCAACGCCAGCCGCACCAGCACGGCGAGCACGGGCGGUGGGGGGACGUUUGAGGUGGAGUUAUCGACAGUGCUGUACGAGAGGGAUACACUGCUGACGUUUCCGAUUGAUCGGAUCACGCCGCCGCGCGAGCUGGCCGACGAGUUUGCGGCGCUGCAUGUCGAUUGGCAUCCGCACAUUACCAUCGCCACGCGUGAUGCCGAGGUUCGGCCCUACCUCUCGCACAGCGUCGUGCAGCACUGGCGAGAGGGUGGCAGCGAGGCGGUCGUGCUCAAAUUGGGUGGGCCGGUGGUGGCGGAAGCGAGGGUAUUUGGCAUGUCCUAG